AUGGCAACUACAAUUCUUGGCAAGCGCACUCGCAAUGCGGUAGAAGCGGAAGCGCUCCCCGUGCGGACCGCAAGCAAGCGCCGAACUGUUGCACCCCGGGCCCAUCAUGAGGUCGACGCUGCGCCUAUUCGUCGAACCCGCUCAACUCGCCUCACUACAAAGAUCCAGGAUGCAGAGCAACCGUCUGACCAAGAAAAUGGAGAUGUCAUUAAGAAAAUCUCAGAAAAGGCGCAUUCCAAACACACACUGCGCGAUGACCAGGGUGGGUCUCCGACAAAGAUCAAGUCCCAUUUCCGCACCUCGAAGCUUGUGGAGGAUGAGAAACCCGAGAUCCCCGACAAGCUUGACAAGCUUGACAAGCUUGACAAGCUCACGGUACCCGCUCCUCCGAUCGAAUUUAAGACCCCGCAAAAGGCUCGCUUCCGGGACGCGCUCCAGCAAUCACCUGUCACUCCUCGCCACCGGGUGCAAGUGGGAGCUAGAUCUGUGACGCCGCGUACCCCUCGACAUGCCGAUCUUCUUACUCCUCGCCCGAGUGCGACCCCGACCACCACACAAACUGUCUAUUCGCAAGCCCGACAACUCUUUGCCCGUGGCGCUACAUCCGGUCGACUCGUAGGACGAGAAGCGGAGCGUGAAAAGGUUGCCACUUUUCUUGAGGAUUGUGUUGACUCCCAAAAAGGUGGAUGUCUCUAUAUCAGUGGACCGCCUGGCACAGGCAAAAGCGCUAUGGUUAAUGAAGUAUGCCAGGACAUGGAUCUAUUCAAUGUUAAAGUUUCCCACGUCAACUGUGUUAGUAUGCGAAACUCUCGCGAUGUUUACAGCAAACUCAUCCAAGAUUUCGGUGACGAAAACGAGGUAUUCAAGAAAAGCGAAGCGGACCGAUUGAAGGACAUGUUCAUUCCAUCGAAGGCAAAUGGUCUAUUCCUAGUCAGUCUGGACGAGAUGGAUCAUUUACUCCAGGGUGACUCCGGUGUACUUCAAUCUUUGUUCGAAUGGUCUUUGCACAGCAAGUCCACUCUUGUCCUCAUCGGUAUUGCCAAUGCAUUGGAUUUGACCGACCGAUCCUUGCCACAGUUAAAAGCCAAGAACUUGAGACCCAUUCUUCUUCCAUUCUUGCCCUAUAAUGCUACUUCGAUCGCCGGUGUGAUCACUGCUCGUCUCAGAUCGUUGCUUCCCGUGGGUGCGGACUCCGAUCCUAAAUUCGUACCUUUCUUGCAGCCGGCAGCGAUUCAGCUUUGCGCAAAGAAAGUUGCUUCGCAGACGGGUGAUCUUCGCAAGGCCUUUGAGUUGAUCAAGCGCGCUAUCGAUGUCAUUGAGCAGGAAACAAUCCUGAAAUCAGAGAAACAAGCUGCUGCCGAGUCAAAUCUGUCUGUCCUAGUCGAAAACGAGAAUCUUUCAUCGCCUUCCAAAUCAGGCUCUGCUCCUCGGCCUACUGCCAUGUCUACUUAUACAGCAAUGACAGCACCUCGCGCUAGCAUCGCCCACAUUGCCCGAAUCACAACCGCUGCUUUCGGACAGGGCACUGUACAACGACUUAAAAACAUCAACCUGCAACAAAAAGCUGCCAUUUGUGCGUUAAUUGCACUUGAGCGUAAGCGUCGUGAAAUGGAAAUCCACAGCACCCCCUCCAAAACUCGAUCAACUGCUCCAACUGUGAAGCAGGCCUUUGACACAUACUGCACACUUUGCCGCAAUGAUAACAUUCUCCACCCCUUGACUGCGACUGAAUUCAAAGAUGUCCUAAGCAAUCUUGAAACAAUGGGCCUAGUGGGAGACUACCAGGGCCGGGGCCGUGGUGGUACAGUUGCCGGUGGCUCAGAUGUUCGCCGAACUCCUUCAAAGUCAGGAAAUGUGAUGUCAACCCCUCACAAGGCAAUGAACGAGCAAGGUCUUCUCUGCUUUGUGUCCCAGUCCGAAAUCGAAAGUCAAAUUGCCGGACCUGGUGAAGGUAUUCUCAGGCGUCUGCUUCGUGGCGAUGGACUGUGA